AUGGCGAGUUCAAACAAUCCACGUAAAUUUAGCGAGAAAAUCGCUUUACAUAAUCAGAAACAGGCCGAAGAGACUGCGGCUUUCGAAGAGGUGAUGAAAGACCUAAACAUUACUAGAGCUGCACGGUUGCAGUUACAGAAGACCCAGUAUUUGCAACUAGGGCAGAAUCGCGGACAGUACUAUGGAGGCUCACUGCCCAAUGUCAAUCAGAUUGGAAAUAGCAACAUUGACCUGCCUUUUCAGAAUUCCACCUUGGACAGCAGUCGGUCGACCAGGCAUCACGGGCUGGUGGACCGCGUUUACCGCGAUCGGAACCGCAUCACCUCCCCGCACCGCCGGCCCCUCUCUGUGGACAAACAUGGCCGCCAGAUUGACAGCUGCCCCUAUGGCUCAGUGUACCUCUCACCCCCACCGGAUACCAGUUGGAGGAGGACGAACUCCGACUCAUCCCUACACCAGAGCGCCAUGAACCCUGUGCCCCAGGACUCAUUUGCAGGGGGUUCACAAGAGCUCCAGCCUAAACAAGUGCUGCUGCUUACAGUUCCUGGGACUGAGGAGUCUGAAUCACGCGCAGACAAGGAUACACAGUGGGGUAACAAAAAGAACGACUCAAGACCCAAGUCUUGUGAAGUCCCUGGGAUCAAUAUAUUUCCAUCACCUGAUCAGGAAGUGAACACGUCAUUGAUCCCGGCUACUCUCAACACAGGAGGCUCCCUGCCCGAUCUGACCAAUAUCCAGUUCCCCCCACCACUGCCCACUCCGCUGGACACGGGCGACACAUUGGUGUUUCCUUCCCUUAGCACCUCCAACAGCACGGGCAACCUGACCACCAACCUCACCCUCCUAGGCAUCAGUGCUGCCAGCCACGGGAUCCCAACCACCUCUCAGCCUACCGUGACGGCCCAGCGCAGGCAGUCCACCCUGGUCCCCCUAACCCUAAACGCCGACCCACAGCAGUCACCGCAGCAGCUCUCCCCCACCCUAUCGCCCCCUCUCAACCAGGCAGUGGCGAUGGACGCCUUGACUCUGGAGCAGCAGCUAUCCCAGUAUGCCUUCUUUAGCCAGCUGACAGCGCAGUCCCAGGCCCAAGUGCUCAAUGACCUGCAGCAGCAAGCCCUGCCCCAGGGCAUCAGGUUAAUCACCCUGCCCCUGGCCACCACCACUGCCUCCACAGCCACCCAGUCCUCCCCAGUCAGCCAGAUCGUGACGACUGUCAACAUCAACUCGUACCGCAAUCAGACUGGCUCUCCGGCCAAUCAGUCUCCAACCUCCCCAGUCUCCAAUCAAGGCUUCUCCCCUGGCGGCUCGCCUCAACACAUUCCAGUGGUGGGCAGUAUAUUUGGGGAUUCUUUCUACGACCAGCAGCUAGCAUCAAGGCAGACCAACGCUCUCUCCCAUCAGCUCGAACAGUUCAAUAUGAUUGAGAACCCGAUCAGCUCCAAUAGCCUGUACAGCCAGUGCUCCACCCUCAACUACACACAAGCAGCUAUGAUGGGCCUCACAGGGAGCAGCCUGCACCACUCCCAGCCGUUGGGCUACGGUAGCCAUGGCAACAUCCCAAACAUCAUCCUCACAGUGACAGGCGAGUCUCCACCCAGCCUCUCUAAGGAGUUAACCAACUCACUGGCCGGCGUCGGAGAUGUCAGCUUCGACGUGGACUCUCAGUUCCCAUUGGACGAGCUGAAGAUCGACCCCCUCACCCUGGACGGACUGCACAUGCUCAAUGACCCCGACAUGGUUCUGGCCGACACUGCCACUGAGGACACGUUUAGGAUGGAUAGGCUGUAA